AAUGGCGUAAAUAGUAAGUAGUAGAAUGCUAAACCACACAAACAAACAAAACGCGAACUCUGUAGCACUGAGAUGUUUCUGAAGAGAGAGAGCGAGAGAGAGGAAGAGAAGAAGCAAACAAAAACCAUUCAACAACAGUUCAGAGAAGAAAAUAAUUAUAUACAUAUAAAAGCAAAACAAGUAUGAGGAAACACACACACAAACAAACUGUAGAGAAAAUAUUAUUAUUAUUAUAUAUACAAGCAAAUAUAUAUAAAGAAAAAAAAUUAUAUAUAUAUAAAUGAAAGGAAAGCAAAACCAGAAAUGAAAAGGGAGGGCAAGGAAAAACACAAGAAAAAUUCUAAAUAAAUAUAAAUUUUUUAUAUAGGAAUGUAAUAUCUUACACAACACAUUACACAGCGUGCGACGAAACAAAAAGGAAACAAACAAAUUCAGCGCUGAUUCUGUUUGCGCAGUGCUGUGAAGAAAACAAAAAACCGGAUACCAUGUGGAACAUGGCUUAUGGCGCGACAGAGGCCAGGCAAGGAGAAUGCUAGUUUGCCAGUAAGAAAAAAAAACGAUUUACUUUCUGGACCCGAAACCCUUUAACACAAUAGCCGCGCUACUGUGCGUUCGAGCGUACCGCGGGGAAGUUGUAAAUAUUCUAGGUUAACCUGUUGCCUGGGUUGCCGGGCAACCCGACCAGGACACAGCUAGCGUUCGACUUAAACCAGACCACAUUAAUCCACUUUUCCAAUGUAGGAUGCACACACAGGGGGUCCAUCAGACCCAUCCCGGCAGCAGCAGCAGAGCCCCACACGGUUCACCAAGCUCAAUUUUCACCACGUGAACCAGGGGUAAAAAGCGAGGGGGAGUGAGGGGCGGGGAGGUGGUGGAUUCGUAGAAUGAACAGGGUUAUCACACGUUACGCUCAAUGGCAGCCGUAGUAAGCCGAUGCCGACAGAGUUUUUACGCGAAAGAUUAUAACCAGCAUAGCAAACGAACAACCACAAACAAAUAAAUCAAAUUGCAUACAUAAUCCAGUUUUUAUUACCAACUCUUACUAAACACUCACACCACCCUCUCUCCCACCCUUCCCGCGAGUUCCACCCCGAGUAAACCACACUCAACGUAAGUAGUGAAAAUAAUUAAACGAAAGCAACAACAACAACAACAACAAAAACCACGUUAUCGUAAUGCAAACUCAACAACACACACAUCUACACAGCACAGCAAACACACACACACACAUUACAUAAACUAACAUAAACAGCAAAACAUAAGCCUUAAGCUGGUAUUUUCCGUCGGUCCAUCACCGUGUGUUACAACAAUGGUUAUAAAAAACUUUUAUCCAUACCGGGCCAUAGCCAUCAGAAUGCCACUAGUUAAAGUAUAUUUAUAUUUAAAAAGUAAACUACUCACGAACGAACGAAAUUGCCAGCAGACAGGUACCGGUGAGCAAGCGACCCGUGGCCAAGAUAAGCACGAGCACGUGGGUAGCUGAGAAAAAAAAAGCUAAGAAACUACUCCCAGGGCAGGUGUAAGUUAGCUAAAAGGAGAAGAAAGAGAAGAAGAGGAAAAAGAAAACAAGAAUGUAUGUGGGCACUACACACCGGGAGUGCGGAAGAGCCGAACCGAACCCGGAAAGAGAAGCAAUGUCCAGAAGAAGGAACUAGUGCGUAAGUGAAACAGAAGAAAGGCAAAAUAGUAAAAAGGAAAGAAAGGAGAAAAGAAACCGAAAGUUGCGUCAAAGUGGCCGGUGUAACUCAAUGAAAACAGCUAAGGAAAUGCAAAGCAAAACAAAACGAGGAUAUAACAAGCAGAAAACAUAUUUAUUGUUCCAGUGCAUUUGUUUAAAACUAGCAGAACAGAGGAAAAGAAAUCAAGCGAACAAAACGAAACACAGAAAUGAGAAAGGUUUUUCUGUUUCCUCCCAACAAAAUAAAGAAACAAUUUUGUGUAUUGUGUUAGGACAUUUUAAUAUGAACCAUGUACGGUGGUACGGUUAGAGGUUUUGCAGUAAGUAAGUAAACGUAACGAAACAAAACAAAAAUUAGCAAAACAUUAAAACAAAACUAUACGCACCGAAGAAAGAAAGAAAGAAAGAAAGAAAGAAACGCAAACAGUAACAGUAGGAAAAAGAAACAACACACAAAACAGAAACAAAUGAGUAAGAAACGAAAAGAAACAAAAAAAAACAGAGGAGAUAAUGUAGCACAACACAGACAGAGUGGUACAGAGAGGCGCGUAACACAAGGUGACAUAUGUAUCGUUUCGUCAUAACUUUAAACGAGGGGAAAAAACGACAGAAAAUAAACAAAUUUAAAUAAAAAAAAAAUACUUCGACUAUUUCUUUGGUGGAGCUUCUAUCACAAUUUUAAGGUUAGCACAUUCUAUCCGCAUUAGUGUAAAACUCACACACACACACACACACACAUAUGCGCUUUUGUUGUUGUUGCUUGGUAGAUAAACAAGGGCAACGCGCAUGAUCCACGGAACCACACGGCAGAAUGUCAGCUGUUGAAAAUUCACUUACCUGUGAGUCGCGUCUGUAUUCUUUGCUCCCUCAGCCUAGACUCCACUGUGAUACGUGGUGACGGCCUGCCCGAUUCUGUGAUAAUAAAAAGCAUCUAUUGAGUGCUGCGUCUUCCGUAAAUUAGUUUGCAAAGGGCCGACGUCAUGCUCCGCUUCUCGCUGUACCGGUUGGUGGUGCUGGUGUGCGCUGGCACCAUUAUCUACACCACGAUUCGCUGGUGCCAGAUCCUGUUCGGUCGGGUAGAUCCGACCGACGCUCAUCGCUUUCAGCAUACCUGCAACAUGACCGAACUGUACCGGCAGGAGCUGGAGCAGCUGUUCGAAAGAGUGCACCGGCUGCUGGUACAGCACGGUCUCACGCACUUCCUCUGCUACGGUACACUCUGGGGACAGAUACGAAUGUCCAGGAUGCUGCCGUGGCGGGAGAAGGCCGAAUUCUGCGUGCUGAAUGAUGAGCUGAUGCGGCACGAGGAAGCCCGCUUCCUGCGUAACUUCUACAGCAGCGAGCUACGGAUCCACUAUCUCCACUCGGACGGCAUCUACAGGAUAUUCGCCAACGAGCCCACCGUACGGCAUGCGACACCGUACGUGGAGCUGAUCGUAUUCCAGCUGGACGAAACGCAAGGAAUGUACAAACGGAUCGGCUGGAAGCGGCGACUACUGCCACCGCACUGCGACUGGACACCGUCCUUGGAGUGUUUCCCCGUCAAUCUGCUGCAGGGUACGCUAGCGAAGCGACCACUCGGCCGGCACCACUACACCGUGCCGAUGGGUGGGAUCGAGCUGCAAAAGUACCACUAUCCGGAUAAUUGGUGGAAGGAUGUGAAGGUUCGGAACUGCAAUCUUCAUUAGGCAAACAUUCGAAUAGAAUAAUAGAACACUCCGUCGAAAU